UGUUGGGUUGAAGUGUUCCUCACCAACCCAUCUCAUUCACAACACAAACACAUUCAACAACAUGGUAGCAAUUCUCAAGAGACAGGGAGAAAACGAAUCCGAAGAAACCAUCAUAGGCUUGGCAAAAAGUCUCAUGCAACUCUCGCGUGUCCAACAACAAAGCAAUAAGCCUCUUCUCAAUACCUUUUCUCCAACGGAGUUCGAGUGCAAAACCUGUAACCGCAAGUUUUCAUCUUUUCAAGCUCUUGGUGGCCACAGGGCUAGCCACAAGAAGCCCAAGUUCGAAGCUGAAGAACUCAAAGAAGAAGCCAAGAAGACUAAACCCAAAAUGCACGAGUGUUCAAUUUGUGGCAUGGAAUUCUCUCUGGGCCAGGCACUGGGGGGUCACAUGAGAAAACACAGAGGUGCCAUUAGUGAGAACGACAAUAAUAAUAAUGAAGCGUUGUCUUCUAUAAAGCAAGCAAUUGCAAAAGCUCCGGUUUUGAAACGAUCGAAUAGCAAGAGGGUCAUGUGCUUGGAGAUGGACCUGAAUUUGACGCCUUUGGAGAAUGACUUGAAGUUGUUGUUCGGAAACAAGGCUCCUAGAGUCGAUCUUUCUUUGUAGAGGAUUAAUGGAUUAUUCCUGUAUCUUUCGAUUCAUUAUUUGUGUAAAAAUUUAGUGUUAUUUGACUUCUUAAUUUCAGUUCUUCGUGUAGGACGAUUUAUUUUGAAAUUGAUUUCGUUGUAUAGUUUGAUUGAUUAAUUAAUUAGGAAUAUUGAUGGUU